AUGGUGCUCGAAGAAUACACCUACAUCUUUGCCAUUGGCACGUUCUUUGCGCUCCUUGAGGCCUACAACAAUGGUGCUAACGAUGUUGCCAACGCCUGGGCUACCAGUGUCUCAUCGCGCUCAGUCACCUACAGACAAGCCAUGGUUCUAUGUCUCAUCUUUGAGAUGACAGGCGCACUGGCUGUAGGAGCUCGAACAGCUUCCACCAUCAAGAACGGAAUCAUCCCCAUCUCAGCCUUCCAGGGCAACGCACCAGUCCAACUCUUGGCAUUUACAUGUGCAUCUGCUGGUGCCGCCAUCUGGGUUAUGUGGUGUACUCGACACAACGCUCACGUCUCCUCGACCUACUCCCUCGUCUCCUCCAUCGCAGGUGUUGGUGUUGCCACUGUUGGUGUCCAAGGUGUCCAGUGGGGCUGGAACAAGGGAUCAGGUCUUGGUGCCAUCUUCGGCGGUCUGAUCAUGGCUCCUUUGAUCUCAGCAGGCUUUGCAUCUGUUAUCUUCAUGCUGGUUAAGUUGGUCGUUCACAUGCGUAGCAACCCAGUGCCAUGGGCCGUCUACAGCUCGCCUUUCUUCUUCCUCAUCGCAGGCACGAUCUGUGCUUUGUCGAUCGUAUACAAGGGUUCGCCAAAGCUUGGCCUUGACAAGAAGCCAGCUUACUUCAUUGCAUCGGUUUCAGUUGGUACUGGUGUUGGACUUGCCACUCUGGCUGCGCUCUUCUUCAUGCCUUAUGUCUACUGCAAGGUUAUCAACAAGGACCACAGCCUCAGAAUCUGGGAUAUCUGGCAGGGUCCUCUACUGUUCCGACGACCUGUCCCUGUCGGAGCUGAGCGGGCCAAGGUUCCCAACUACGCUGUCAUGCAACAUGGUGAUGGUGACGAAGAGACUGAUGCCAACUCUGAGCAAAUGACCGAUCUCAAGAAUCCACAAACUACCACAACCGUCAAGGAUACCGGCAGCGGUAGCGAGAUCGAUGCUAGCACUCCUCCUACCGAUGGUCGCCGAGUUUCACUUGCCUACGUCGAGCACGGCCCUGCUGCUCCUGGUCACUCCCAAGCUGACUACAAACUACAAUUGAAGAGAGCAACUGAACGUCAUCACGCUGAGCUCCGAAGGAACCGAGGACCAUUAGGAUGGGCUAUGCGACAGCUGCACAGCCACCCAUUCGGUGCUGGAUCCAUCUAUGAGAAGCACAACUUGAAGGCUCUCCUUUGUCGACUGCCAGCCUACCCUGUCGUUGCUUGUACCUAUGGUCUCUACUAUGACAUUCACAAGGCUCAGGUCGGUGUUUUGGGCACUCCAGAAGGUCGUCGUAUGGAUCGUGUCUACGCUCAUGCACCAAAGUACGAAAACGAGGUUGAGUUCCUCUACUCCUUUGUCCAGAUCAUUACAGCUUGCACAGCCUCGUUCGCUCACGGUGCCAACGAUGUCGGAAACGCUGUCGGUGUCUGGGCUGCCAUGUACGCCGCCUGGUCGACUGGUAAUGCUGCAAAGGCUAAGGAACCAGUACCACUUUGGCAAAUUGCCGUUGUUGCUUUGACCAUUUGCAUUGGUUUCAUCACCUAUGGUUACAAUAUCAUGAAGGUUAUGGGUAACAAGAUUACUUACCACUCUCCUUCUCGUGGUUCUUCCAUGGAAUUGGGUGCCGCCAUCACUAUCCUUCUCUUCUCGCAAUUCAAACUUCCAGUGUCUACAUCUAUGUGUAUCACUGGUGCUACCGUCGGUGUCGGUCUCUGCAACGGUACGUUCAAGGCAGUGAACUGGCAGCGAGUUGGUCUAUUGUUCCUCUCUUGGUUGGUGACGAUCCCUAUCGCUGGUCUCAUCGGUGGUGGUCUCAUGGGACUUACCCUCAAUACACCUUCCUUCUAA